AUGAGUGACUGGGAACUCGGGUGGGAAGAGGAGAUGGGGGGCAAGGACGCGAUGGCUCCUGCUAGCUGGACCACGCCUCAGCAAUGGGAUUGGCUGAUGGCCAUGAUGCCAGCCUGCCAAGAUGCCUCGAAGAAGGGCCGCUACGGUGGCUGGCUUCUUGAAGUCUAUCAUGCAUGGUUCGUGCUAUGGCCGGAAGAGGAUUCCCUAUUCAGAGAGGGCGUGCCGGAGAAGCUCAGUUCGGAACAGAAGGAGGCGUUGGGGGUGGCGCGAUCGCAACGCGAAGCGAAAAUCAAAGUCUGGUUCCACAACCAAAAGAAUAAGGCACGCGCGGCGCGAAGCUCUGCCUCGCUGCCAGCCUCGUUGUUGACGGCGAAGACGAAGGGGUCGCGCGGCGCGCAACCGAGGGAAGUGUAUUAUCGUCUCUACUAUGAUGCCGAGAAGAAGGCCGCCGUCCAAGCCGCUCUCGUCGAAGCUCGUACUACUUUGGGCAGGAAGCUCACGCGCAGCGAAUCCAUGAGCAUCUCGCGUCAGGUGGUAGAUAAGAUGUACAACGAAUCGGACGCUUCGGUGCAUGCCGCCGUGCAGCAGCAACUUGCGAAGGAGAAGGUCCUCGCGGCCGUUCCCGCUGAUACGCCAGAGGGCGGAUCCAGUCACACUCCGCAAGAGUAUCAAGCUGCGAUAAAUGCGGCUCCCCGUUGGAUCGAGAAAGUCAUGGUCCCUAUCGCUAAGCUCACCGGAUGGUCUUUUACGGUCAUGGGGGCUGGGCCCUCUCCGGAGGAAGGCGGUGACAUCGGAAGCUUUGCUAUCCAUUUUGGGACGAACCCGUCCGGGCAUACGUUUGGACAGGUAACUCCGGACUUCAAAGAGAAAUACAUGCGUCCCCUCGUGUUCUUCGCGAAGGGGGUUCAUUCCCGAGAAGAGCGACUUGCAAGGUCAUUGAAUGCAACACUCACGCCAGGUGAUGCUCUUCGGACGGAGCCUUCGUCGUCCCCCCGGUCUAACACCGGCUCGGAGCUUCCCGCACACAAAGAAGACCGAUCCACUCCCUUGCCAUCUAAGAUAGGGUCGAGCUCUUCCUCGUCCAGCACGCCCGUCACCGGCCACUCACCUGCACCCACUCCCGGAAGCUCUGGGCCUCUGAUCAGCCCCCCGGCGGCUCAGCCGUCCAUCACCAACGCGCCGCCACUCCCCUAUCCGGACAUCCCAUUCCCUGGCAGCAGUGUCGGCGCGUUGGACUCUCUCUACGCGUUCGCCGCCGCCGACGAUGGCGACGACGAUGGCGACGAAGUGUAUGACGCCUCUGUUUUUGACACGCCUUUCGACUUUACCACGGGGAUGUUUACCGUACCGACGAAGGGCGGAUCGAUUACUGAUCUUCUCUCCGUCGCAACGCCUACGCCCGCGCUUUCUGAGGGGAACACCGCUCCAACCGUCGCGCCCGCUCAGGUGGACCCCGUCGUGCUUGCCAAGACGUCUCAGGCCGCCGCGACGUCCGCGCCCGCCACCGCGACGUCCUCGCCCGCCACCGCGACGUUCUCGCCCACCACCGCGACGUUCUCGCCCGCCACCGCGACGUCCUCGCCCGCCACCGCGACGUUCUCGCCCGCCACCGCGACGUCCGCGCACGCCACCGCAACGUCCGCGCCCACCACCGCGACGCUCGCUCCCGUUUCGCUUGGUACCGCACAGCCCACCUUGACGUUACCAUCCGCUCUCGCGACGCUCACAACCACCUCGCUGAACGUCGAGCAGGCCGCUGCGCUUGCUCGCCUGCAGCCCUUCCUCGCUACUAUAUCGCAGGCCAGUGCGACAUCGUCGGCUACCUCCACGCACACCGCAGACUCGCUCAAUGCCGCGCAGGCCCAAGCGACCGAGGCCCUCCUGCUCCUCGCCGGGCUGUCACGAGCCGGUGCACUUCCGCCCGCCAAGGCUGCGGCUUCGACUGCGGCGACCGCCGUUCCGUCCACCAUGACUGCUCCUCCCUCGGCCGGCGUAUCCAUCGCAACAGAGUCUUCUACCCCUACUCAGGACGAUUCCAUGCCGCCUCCGAAAUCUGGCCGCCCGAUGCGUGCACACCGGCCUCCACCGCGUCGAGACGCCUCCCCCAGCGUGCCGGCGGCUUCUCCUGCAACGAAACGGGUCAAGGUUGACGAGAAGCGGGCUCCUGCGAAGCGUGGGGGCGGCAGAACUCGAGCUUCGCGCAACUAA